AUGGACGGUGAACUACUGGGUUGUAUAGUAAGACUAAAGAAUGCUCUGGAAAGGGAAAAAUCCGGAAAUACCUUCAAUUCAGAUUACGACUACGAAGACACGGAAGACUACCCUAUAAACGACCCGCAAUUUAGUGGAUCGUUUGGAAAAAGAACCAACCGUGGUAACAAGCUCUUUGACUCAUAUUCAAAGGUGGAUAGAACGAGAUUGGGCUCUGAGUUUGAGUUUUUCCGUUCUGGAGUGACCAAAAGUUUAGGCGUUCAUGGGUCGAAGAUCGUCUUUACCAAUAACUUGAAACGAAAGCACUAUAAGGAUGAAAGCGAUGAAAUAUCACAAAAGAGAAGGACACAAGCUAAACAAAUUUCCAACGGUAAUAAAAAGUCUAAAGGAGAAGAAGCUGAGAAUGAAAGUGAAGACUCCGAAGAUGAUACGGACGAUAAUCCAUUCAACUUGAUUAAUGUGGGGGAAAUUCUGGAACCAAUCCAGGACCCUACAGAUAUAGCUACAAGACCUACGAUACGAAGGACCUAUGACCCCAAGACGAGUAAAAAUCUUCAGAACUUGAGUCUGCAAACUAUCCAGUUGAUCGAAAAGGAACAGGAGACGGUGGUACAACUAUUCAAGCUCAUGGAUUUUUUCCUUGGCGAUGACUACAACAAUUUUCACCCUGACCACAUGAAAUUACCUGAAUACGAUCACCAUCUAUCGUUUGAUGAUUUAGAUAGACAACUUGAAUCUGCUAAUAUUCGAUGCAAAACCACCGUUGACAACAGCACAUCAACGACUUCUCAAGCCUCGAGUAUUGAGGCAAACAAAGAGCCGCCUGUGUACGCUGAAGCCAAAGACAAGCGUAUAACAAGAUCUCAGGCAAAUGAGGGAGUUACUGUGACAGACCCCUUCUUUCAAACUCCAGAGUUUGUGAAGGAUCCCAACUUUGGUAUAUCUGACCCAAAGGACGCGGAAUCCACUAGACAAUUGCUACAAAUCACUUUACAGAGGAAUGAAGAGUUCAUUCGAUGUUUGACCACUAUACGGAACGGAAUGGUUCGAACGGAAAGAAUGAAGAACAGCAUAUUUAAAUGGUGUCGGGAGAUGAACGGUGAGACCGAUAUUAAUAUUGAAGGCAAGCCCAUGACCAAGGAUGACAUUAGAAAAGAAAAGUGA